AUGUUCACAGUGGACUACACCCUCAUGGACGUUGCUCACCCCAAGCGUGGCGGCAUCCCAAUUGUGGUCCACAGGCACGGCGGAGAGACCCCCUCCAACUCCGACGGCCACCCACAGGCGUGGUUCACGCAGUUCGGGGAAACCGGCCCCACCUACCGGUCGCGCCGCUACACCUACCCCAACGAGCAGCAGGCGGCCACCCUGUGGUACCACGACCACGCCCUCGGCAUCACCCGCCUCAACGUCGCUGCUGGCAUGGCGGGGCUGUACCUUCUCACCGACCCGAAAGGCGUCGAGAGGAAGCUUCGUGCGCAGCUUCCCGGCCCUGAGUUUACGGUGCCGCUGGCGAUCUCAGACCGGACGUUCUUUGCCAACGGGUCGAUAAACUACCCCGCUGAUGGCUGGGUGCCGGAGUACCUCGGGGAUUCCAUCCUUGUUAGUGGCCUGGUCUGGCCGUUCCUAUCGGUGAGGCGCACGCGGUACCGCUUCCGAGUGUUGGGGGCGGCCAGCAGUCGCUUCUUCCGCCUUCGCUUCGUGUGCGCUGCUCCUGACAACUACCCCGACUUCACCCCGCCCAUCACAGGGGAUACGCUGCCCAUCACCCAGAUCGGCACGGAUGGCGGUUACCUGCCCGACCCAGUGACCCGCUCCUCCCUUCUACUCGCCCCGGGGGAGCGCCACGACAUUCUCGUCGACUUUGCCUCGCUCCCCUCUUCCUGCGCUGACGUCAUUCUCACCAACGACGCCCCCGCGCCCUUCCCCUCGGGCGCCGCGCCGGGCAGCAACGCCACGGGCGUGGUCAUGCGGUUCCUUGUGGAUAGCGCGGGGGGUGUUGUGCCGUCGCCACCCCUCCCCAAGAAGCUUGUGGUGAUCCCUUCCCACGCUCCGACUCUCCCGUGUAACCGAAAAGAGGUGGAUGACAGCCGUGCAGUUAACUUCCGCCAACAGGCCUGCCUGUCCUCUUCACUCACACUCUCUCCUCUUCACUCACACUCUCUCCUCUUCACUCACACUCUCCCCUCUUCGCUCACACUCUCUCCUCCUCCACACAUCCCCUUCCCACCCUACCAGUCCCUUCCCAAGCUGCGCCUCUCCCGUCUGAGCAAGGAGAGGUGGAUGACAGCCGUGCUGGUGUCUUCGGUUCUUGAAGAGCCGGCCUCCCUUCCCAAGCUGCGCCUCUCCCGUGUGAGCAAGGAGAGGUGGAUGACAGCCGUGCAGGUGAAAUCGCGCAUCACCUUCGAUGGCCUUGGUUUCAGUGAUCCCGCCACUGAGACUCCCAAGCGGAACUCGGAGGAGCUAUGGCACAUAAUAAACGACACGCCAGACGCCCACCCCAUCCACCUGCACCUCAUCAUGCACCGCCCCCUCGCCCGCCGCCCCUUCAACCGCACCGCCUAUCGCACCGGCCACUGCACCUUCCCCCACGCCAACGCCUCCCUGCCCAGCUGCUUCACGGGGGAGGGGAGCAGCGUGAGUGUGAGUGGGAGGGCGGGCAGCGUGGCUGCGUAUGAGCGUGGGUGGAAGGACACCACUGUGCUGAUGCGGGAUGAGGUGCUCACCCUCUGGACCGGAUGGUUCGCCCAGGACGGGUCGCCGUUCCCCUUCAACCCCACGCGUGGCCCGGGGUACGUGUGGCACUGCCACAUCCUGGAGCACGAGGACAACGACAUGAUGCGCCCGCUCAUUGUCACGUAG